CUUCCUUCGUCUUUCCUUUUCUAGCUUGCAACAUCAAGGCGAUCCACCAGUACAUCCCCUGUCUAAGCAAACACGGCAUUUACCUCACAUUACAACGGAGCCUCCACUUCAACCGCGCAGACCUCAAGAAAAGCCUGGUGGUGUCUUUUAUCGAAAUCAACAUGGAUUUUGACAAUUACAUACGUCAGAUCCAGACCCUCGCAAAGGGCGAAGAAAAAUUCAGAUGGCUGAACAUUUUCUCUUUCGUAGACAGUAGCAACCGCACAGACAAACUGGUCCUACAGUACCUAAGAGUAGGACCAAUAGCGUUGUCUGUAGAUAUGGUGAUAGCUGUUGCUACCAGAAACGCUACACAGAACUUCACUUCAGUGGGCAAUUGCGUCAGUAAGACCACGGUGCUGUCGAAGAACAGUAAAAAUGGAGACCUACAGCCCCUGAUGCCCUUCAAUAAGGUCCUGAGGAAAAAUGAGACUUUUAACACGACUUUUAAGGAGUUGUGCGAACACGGGAGGAACACCAGCAAACUGGAGAGCGACAGGUCGUUCUGUAUGCUACAACUAUAUAAGAUCCGGAGGAACGAUAAUGCAUCGGUUGUGGUGUUGCCUUUAGGUUACUGGAACCCCAAGACCGGCACCGAGUCCUUGAAGAAAUUCCAACCGGUCGAGUCCAGAAUGAACUUCCACAAGUUCCCGCUCAUAUUCGGGAUGAGUCCGCCCUCGAAAAGCGCCCAAACGACCCCCGGGGAGGACACGGUGUUCCUGGAGGAUAAUGACGAGGAAAACAUGGAUCGAGUGGCCGAGUUUCUUGUGUCAUGUCUAAAUGCUCGUAAAUCGGUCACGAAGUAUCCCACGAUGGGGUCCAGGUUGUCUUCGGGAAACUGGACUGGGUUACUGGGGGGCGUGGUCGCCCAGGAGGUGGAUAUCGGUCUGGAUAGCGUCGUUAGGACCACGGAUCGCUACAACGACAUGGUUUUCACGCAUAAUAUUAUACAGUCUGUCCGGAAUAUCUACUUAAAACCGGAACAGUCGCAUAGCGCCAGAGACAUAUUCUUGGCCCCGUUCGAGCCCGAUUUAUUACUAAGUGUUUUGGGCACAGGCUUAGUAUUUGCAAUGGUAAUGGCCGUAUACAUAAUCAAGAAUACCAUUAACUCGAACCGACCGGGGACGAAUCUUUACGUUUUUGCCAUAUCCGACGCCAUGCUCUGGAUCACCGGCGUCUUCAGCAUGCAAGGUUCAGUAAUCCAGCCGAAAUCCUACACGGGGAAUGUAAUUAUAGUAAUAUCGUUGGUAUUCGCCUUAAUAAUCUAUAAUUCCUAUUCGGCGUUUAUUACCUCGAUGUUGUCGGUUAAAUUAACCCGAAUUAGAACGGUGCAGGAUCUGUUGGAGAGCGACUACGAUAUCGGAUACACCAAGAAUAGUCCGGACGAAGUGUUUCUGAGGUCAAUGAACGAGACCCAACUGAACCAAAUCUACCUACGCGGGUACCUCCAUAACAACAUAAACGACAUCAAAGACGGCCUACUGAAGGCCACAAAAGGAAACUACGGGUUCUUCGCAACCGGAAACAUAGCCCGGAAACUGAUCUGGAAAAUAAGCGGACACAAGUGCCGCUACGAGAUCCAGGAGAUCCCGGUCAAGUCGACCAUAAGCACCAUCGCGUUUCCGCUCUCCCUCAAAUCCCCCUAUCGGAGAUCUUUGAACUUAUGCUUGAUUAAGAUGACCGAGUUGGGCAUCCAUCAGUACAUCGGGUCGCUGAUAGCGCCCUCUUUGCCCCCCUGUGAACUCACCACCACUUAUCAAAGCGCUCGUCUCAAUGACGUCAUCACUUCUUUUGGCAUUUUAACGGUUGGCAUAUUGGCAGCCCUGUUGGCCAUCUUGAUGGAAUACAUGUGGAAGAGGCGUGACGUCAUUUGGAGGAAGUUAUUGCGGAAGUACCGGGGCGGAGGGACCCGGACGGAUCGACCUCAACAAAGGUUUGAGUUUUUACAUUGAGAUAAUGGAGGGAAAAUUGAAUUAAAUGUUAGGUGUAAGUGAUAUUGUGUAACUAGCUGCAUUGGCUAUAAAUAAAUAAAUAGACUGAAAAUGUA